UAUUUAUAAUUCUAUUUGGCGGGCUGACACCAUUCGGAAGGCCUGUCGAAGGUGGCACUUCUUGAACGUCACUUACACACCAAUUCCCAACGAUUUUUUUAUUCGUAUUUUCAUUCCUUCUGUCAAUUUACCUUGCUUGCUCGCAUUCUGACGAUGGCUCUUCCCGGCCAACAUGUGGAUUGCCCGAGCUUUAAGCUUGUUAUCGUCGGUGAUGGAGGCACUGGAAAGACGACCUUUGUAAAGCGCCACCUUACAGGAGAAUUUGAGAAAAAAUAUGAGCCGACUAUUGGGGUGGAAGUGCACCCACUAGAUUUCUUCACUAAUUGUGGAAAGAUUCGUUUUUACUGCUGGGACACAGCUGGUCAAGAGAAGUUUGGUGGUCUGAGAGAUGGUUACUAUAUACAUGGCCAGUGUGCUAUUGUCAUGUUUGAUGUAACUGCACGUUUGACAUACAAAAAUGUCCCAACUUGGCACAAAGAUCUUUGCAGGGUAUGUGACAAUAUCCCCAUUGUUCUUUGUGGGAACAAGGUUGAUGUGAAGGAUAGACAAGUGAAAGCAAAACAAGUCACUUUUCACCGGAAGAAGAAUCUUCAGUAUUAUGAGAUAUCUGCUAAAAGUAAUUACAAUUUUGAGAAGCCUUUUCUCUAUCUUGCACGGAAAAUUUCUGGGGAUGCCAAUCUUCAUUUUGUGGAGACACCAGCACUUGCUCCUCCAGAGGUUCAGAUUGAUAUGGCUGUGCAACAAAAGUACGAGGCAGACCUUGCAGCUGCUGCAGCACAGCCUCUUCCUGAUGAUGAUGAUGCUGCCUUUGACAUCUAGAAGGGGACACUCAGUUUGCCAGCUUUCACUUCUGUGGAAAGUGGCUAAGUUUAAUUCUGUUUCCACUGUCAACAUUGUCAUUGUGAUUUAUUUCUGUGAAUUGUCCUUGGAUGGAACACUGUUUCUCUAAAUUGUCAUCCUUUUUGUGCCAGAUUGUGGCCUGAUAAGGCUGGUGAAUAUAGUGCGAUGCAAAUACAAGAAUUUAGUUGAGUUCAAUUUAUCAUGGCAUAAUGUUAAGAACUGCAGACUUUUGUAA